UGGCUCCCUCGCAGCCUGAAAUCCAUUCGGGGUUUCAAAAAGAAGAAGAAGAAGAAACAACAAACAAACACUCCACAGACUCCACUGAGCAUCGUUCUUGCAUGGGAAGUGAAACCAAGUCAAAGUUGAUAAUAUUCGGACGCGAAUCUUUUCGAUAAGAUGCUCCAAGAAACCCCGGAAGAGACCACCUGCGAGCCUGCGUACCAAGGAUACUUCGAAGGUCAUCACAAUGCAAUUACAGCUUUAAGCUUUCAUCCAAAUGCUGAUCGACUCAUAUCGAGUAGCCUAGACAAAACAGUAAUGAUGUGGCAAUUGAGACAUUCGUUGCCGGCUUACAAGUUCAAAGCCCACGCAGAAAGUGUCUUGGACGUGUGCUAUUCGCCAAACGGAGACCUUAUGGCCAGUGCUUCAAAAGAUACAUCUGUGAGAAUUUGGGUUCCUAAAAUUAAAGGAUAUUCGUUGGACUUUAAAGCUCACAGCUCUGCCGUGAAAUCAGUACAGUUCAGUCCAACUGGAGAAGAGCUGGUCACCGCAUCGAACGACAAAAGUGUCAAGUUAUGGUUAGCACGUCACAGAAGAUUUCUCAUGUCGUUUAUAGGACAUACGUAUUGGGUCAAUUGCGCUAGGUUUUCUCCCGAUGGUAAACUUUUGGUAUCGUGCAGCGAUGACAAAACGAUAAAAGUAUGGGACAUUAUCAGUGCGCGAUGUGUUAAAACUUUUAACGAGAUAAAAGCCCCCGCUACAUACGUGGAAUUCCAUCCAAACGGUACGACUAUCGGAUCGGCAAACGAGGACGCGUGUAUUAAACUGUACGAUCUGAGAACAAAUUCUUUAUGUCAGCAUUAUGCUGCUCAUAAAGGACCUGUGAAUAUGAUCAAAUUCCAUCCAACGGGUAAUUUCAUGUUAACAGCUUCGGAUGACUCGACAAUGAAGAUUUUAGAUGUCCUAGAAGGCCGUCCAAUUUAUACUCUCAAGGGACAUCAUGUUGGUGUAACAUCCGUAGCAUUUUCAAAAGACGGUAAGCUUUUUGCUUCUGGUGGCACGGACCGACGAAUUCUAAUAUGGAAGUCUAAUUUGUGUAUGGAUGGCCAAAUCGAAAAGAUUCCUACACAGUUAAUGCCUUCUACCAUCAAAUUGGAUGAUAUGAGUGAAAAAUCGAACAGCGACGAACGUAAAGAAAUUGUACACAAGAAGCGGAGCCAAGAAAAAUAUUUAUCAGACACGGUUAAAAAAUUGCAUCUGAGAUCAGACGACAGAUUUUGUGAAGGAUCAUCAACAAGAAAGACUAAACCUGAAAUAGUCAACGUGAGGAAUAUUGAAUCUUCUGAAAGAGAUUGUGUAGCAAAUGUGCUAAUCCCACAAGAUCAGACAUCGCCUGAUGCACCUUUGUCUAAUCAAUCCAUUAAAACAGUAGAAGCACUCUGUGAUCAAGUACAAUCAUUACAUGAUACUGUUAAUGUACUAGAACGACGAAUGACAACAUUAGAAGAGACGCUUAAUUACAAGCUUCCUUAGCUGUUAGCUUAGCAUUCCAAUCACUUGGAAUAACGUGUGUCUGAUGUGUAUGUAUGUGUGCAAUGUUGACUUAAUAUGGAAAACGGGAUUAUAAUUGAUAAGUUUUAUCAAUCGUGCAUAUUACAAAGAUCAUGAAAAUUUACUGACAACUAGUAUUCCAAUGCCUUAUUUUAUAGAUACUCAGUCAGAAAUGAUUAAUCAAAUCUACGUGAAUUUGACGUCGAUGAAUUAUUGAAUACUGAUUGAUAUCAUUUUUACCUCAUCAUAAAAUUGUUUUUAUAUUAAUUACGAAUAUUUCUGUAAGAUUUCUAUGUCUCGACCAAUUCCAUGU